AUGGGGAUACUGAGAAUGCUGCGACGGUGUCGAAUGCCCCGAUGGUCAGCAAUUCUUGUACCCUUCAUUUUCUAUGCAAUCUUUAUCAUUGUGGUGCUCAAUCUUUCCUUCCCACUUCGGAAGCGUCCCGAAGAUACAACUCCAGAUUACUUGUCGACUGUUGGCAAGUCUCCAGAGACUGUGAUUCUCGCCAGUGCUGAUACAGAUGGCACAAAUCUCCUGAGGUCCACUUUUCGCAAGGCUGAUUUGGAUUCAGAUGGCUUUCUGAAUAUUCAGGAGCUAGCAAAAUUUAUCAAUGGACGAGUUAGAGAACAUAUCCAGGCUGCUGUUAGGGCUAAUCCUUUUGCAUUUGCUGAGAUUGAUGUAUCCCCGAGAGAUGGGUUAGUGACAUGGGAGGAAUAUCAUGCACAUUUCCUGAAAGAUCAUGGACUAGAUGAGGACUACAUAGGUUCACACAGUGAGCAAAAGCAUGUGGGAUUGGACAGGAAGACCAAAGAGACCAUAAUGAGAGAUAAAGCACUGUGGCUAGAGGCUGCAAGGACAGAUCCUUUCAGUCUAACUUUGGAUGAAUUCCUGGCAUUUCGCCAUCCAGAAUCCAGUGCUGCAAAUUUAUUGAGCCUCGUGGAUGAUUUGCUACGACAAUUUGAUCUCGAUGGUGAUGAUAUCCUCACAAUGGAGGAAUUUAGUUCGAAUCCUGACGAUGAGGAGGAUGCCAAAGUGGCCAAUUCAGCGUCUCACCGAAAAAGUGUGACGGAGAAAAAGGAAGAAUUCCGGAGAUUGAUCGACAAGAACAACGAUGGGAAAGCAGAUCGCGGAGAAUUGCUAUCAUACAUCGAUCCUCGACAUCCUCGGCAUUCCCUUCAGGAAGCUGCCACCCUUUUCAGUCUCGCAGAUGCCAAUCGUGAUGCUAAAUUGUCCAUUGAGGAAGUUCUGGCCCAAGCUGGUGUUUUUCUCGCAUCGAAGAUGAUCAACACCGCUGAGAAUUUCCAUGAGGACUUCUGA